AUGACAGUUCAAGGACAACAAUCAUCAGGACUUACAAGUCUAACCCCGGAGGGACGGGCAGCACACUUGUGGACACCGGGCCAGGAACUGGCUGCAAAACUGCUCUUUGGCGGACUCGGCUGCAUGACUGCCGUCGUCUUUACCCACCCAGUCGAUGUCAUCAAGACCCGGCUCCAACUCCAGGGCGAGGCUAUCGCUGUUACUACCACCACCUCUGUCGUCCUCCCUUCCUCAUCCACCUCCGUCCUUGCUGCGACUCAUACUCUCCACCCAACCAUAACUUCAUCACCAACAGCAGGAGGUGCAGUCAUGAGAGCAGCAAUAACACCAGCAACAACAGUGACAGCGACACAGACGACACAGACACUUGGGCUCAUCCCAUUACUACGACAGAUUUUGCGCACAGAGGGACCAAGGGUCUUUGUUGCAGGAUUGGCGCCAGCAGUACUACGGGAGAGUGUCUACUCGACAAUUCGGUUAGGCAGCUACGAUUACUUCAAGGGUAUCUACAGCGGGAUGGGAGCAGCGGGACUUCGCGGAGGUGAAGAGACGACGACGUUGGUCAAGCUGAUGUCUGGACUCACGAGUGGGAUGAUUGGUAGUGCCAUUGCCAACCCCACCGAUCUCAUCAAAGUCCGCCUGCAGGCAUUCUGGCCCAGUGGAAAACCACGUUACGCCUCAAUUGCCGACGCCUGCAGAUCCAUCUACGUCGAAGAAGGUAUCCCCGGCCUCUACCGCGGCGUGAUCCCGACCGCAGCCCGCGCAAUGGUCGUCACCGCCUCCCAACUCGCCUCCUACGACACCACAAAACAUUGGCUCCUCAAACUCCGUGAUUCUCAGGGCCAAGCUCAGUUCCACGAGGGAUACUUAACCCAUCUCUGUGCCAGUACCGUUGCAGGAUUGGUCUGUUCCAUCUCAACAUCGCCGAUUGAUACUGUCAAGGUCCGAUAUAUGAACCAACAGUUCAAUGCCCAGGGAAAGGGGCAUCUAUACCGGUCAGCGAUCGACUGUGCGGUCAAGACUGUUCAGCGGGAGGGACCUUUGGCAUUGUAUAAGGGCUUCUUGAUGUGCUGGUUGAGACUUGGUCCACAUACCAUGCUUUCGUUGAUGAUCUUUGAGAAACUGCGGAGCUUUGUCGGGUUGAAUCCUGUGUAG